AUAAAUUAAAUUUGAUAAAAUAAAUUAAAAUUUCAAGGUAUUCAACAUCGGGCCCCAACGACGCUUUCCAGAUCGACCGGGAUCGUUGUUUCAAUUGCAUAUUGCGAACUCCGGCCACCAAUACUGAUCUUUUCUUCCAUUGAAUCCACAGCACUAGAGAAGAUCCAGAGACCACAUUCAACCAUGAAAUUCCAUAUUUCAUCUGCAAUUUUGUCUUUCUUGUUAAUUUCUCUUAUCGUUCUAAACACAGCUUCUCUCUGCAAAUCUGAAGUUAUAACCCUAACCGCGGACACCUUCUCCGACAAGGUAAAGGAAAAAGAUACCGCAUGGUUUGUGAAGUUCUGUGUUCCUUGGUGCAAGCAUUGCAAGAAUUUAGGAUCAUUAUGGGAGGACCUGGGCAAGACAAUGGAAGGCGAGGAUGAAAUCGAGGUCGGAGAAGUUGAUUGUGGUUCUCAUAAAUCAGUCUGUUCUAAAGUUGAUAUCCAUUCAUAUCCUACAUUCAAGCUUUUCUAUGAAGGGGAAGAAGUUGCAAAGUAUAAAGGGCCAAGAGACGUAGAAUCUCUCAAAAGCUUUGUUCUUGAAGAAGCUGAGAAAGCAGUGGAAAAAGCACAGCAGGACAGUGCUAAAGAAUUGUGAAGAAAAAGAUAAAGAACAGCGAUUAUAUUGGUAGGGAAAACUUUUAACUUAUUCACAGGAGUUCUUUCUUACCCAUUCCCUCGAAGAUUUGAUAAACAUAUUUGAUUUUGACAAUCAGAUAGAUUCCUUUCCAUGCUGUGUUAGACUAUAAACGCUUGAAGCUUCUUGCAAUGUUCUUAGAAGAAUGCUUAAAUUUGGAUGGAUAGAUUUUGACCGUAAUCUCAGUGACAUUGUUUUCUGCCUCUUAUGUUUAGGCUACUGCCUUUUGGUUGGAAUAUGUGAAAGAUAUUAAAGAAUUUUGUA